UGUCAAAAAACGAAACUGAAAAGUCGCAGCAGUCCGUCAAGUCAGCGCGAGCACAAAAAAAAAGAAGUGACGAAAGCGAAACCGGGGCGUGAAAAUUGAUUUUUCGUGUGGCCGCUGUCAAACUCUCGCCGAAAAAGCAAGGACGGUUUCCCCGUCGCGGAUUAACGUCGUGAAACGCCCGGAUUGUGUGCGUGUGUGGUUCCUGAAGGAACGAAGAAAAAAGGAGCUUGCAUACACGCACCGUUGAAGGAAAGAACCAAGAAGAAGAAGAAGUUCCCUGAAAAGAGUGAGCCAGGAAUCCGAAUUUUUGCCAGCAGCAGCAGUGUUUAUUGUGUGUGUGCGUACGUGUGAGUGUGUGUAUGUGUGAACGGUGAGCUCUUGUGUGCGGAGUUCGAGUGUUUUAUCGAUCCGUUCGGAAAAGAAAGGUUUUUAGCCCCGCACUCGGUCCGCGGAGCAGGACCAGAUUGAGGCCGUUUCCCGUGGGGAAGGCACACGACGAAGAUCCGGACCAGGACCGGCAGGAAACGCGAACAAAACGCUAGGCAACUUCCGACAGGGUCACCCUCGCCAGGACCAACGCUAAAAGGGGAAAAAACGCAAAUCAAAGCAAAAUGUCCAAACAAUUGCUUAUCAUCGAGCCAGCGCACGAGCUCAAAUUCGUGGGUCCAUUCUGCACAGCGGUUUCGUCGUUUAUGCGAUUAACCAACCCGACCGAGCAUGUCAUCCUGUUUAAAAUCAAAACCACGGCGCCUAAAAAGUACUGCGUACGUCCCAACUGUGGCGUUCUGGAACCGAAAGACACUAUUGAAAUUACCAUUGUGUUGCAGCCGUUCAUCUUCGAAGCGGCCGAAAAGAACAAGCACAAGUUCAUGGUGCAGUCGAUGAUCAUGCCGGAGGGGGACGUCCAGAUCGACAGCGUCUGGAAGGACUGCAACCCGCAGAACCUGAUGGACUCGAAGCUGCGGUGCGUGUUCGAGCUGCCCGAGGAGAAGGAGAUGACGCUGUCGGAGAUGGCCGAGCUGGGCGGGGCGAACAAGCGGGAAGCCACAGACCCAGCCGUCCCCGACGACACACCAAAGAAAAACGUCUCCGGCGGCGGCGGUUCCAACACAUCCGACCAGUUGCUGCUGCAGUCUAGCGGGGAAAAGGACAAAUCAUCCGGAGGAGGCGGCGCCGGCGUCACCGUGGAAGGCCAGUCGGAGGCGCGGAAGAUGCUCGAGGAGGCCGCCACCAACCUGCGCCACGAGAAUCUGAUCUUGAAGGAAUCGCUUCUCCGCUUGCAGCUGGAAAAGGAAAACAUCCGGAAGGAGUUUGCGGCGGAGUCCAAGUCGGCGUCGUCGCCCGGCGGAGCGGCGUCCGGCGAGUACGCGAACGUGUACAGACCGCCGGCGCUCGCCCAGCAGCAGCAGAUCCCGAUCAUGUACGUCGCGGCGGCGAUCGCGCUCGCCAUCUUUGGCUUCAUCCUGGGCAAGUUUGUGCUCUGAACGCUCGACAAUGGUGGCGGCAGCAACAAUAGCAGCGGCGGCAAUGAUAAUAAGCUCUAAACACACACACACACACGGACACACUUUAGACCGACCGACGAACAGCAGAAGCUGCUUUACGUGACGUACUGUUUCAAUCUGCAUGGAGAAAGAUAAACAAAAAAAACGAGGUUAAAUUUUACAAACUAAGACGUGGUGGGGUGCGCGGUGGGGAGAAAACAAGAGACAAAAACACACACACACAUUUUACUAAUUAAACAAAAAAAGAACAUGUUAAAACUGAAGAAUACCAAUAAAUAAGCUCUGUAUGGUUCAUAAACAAAAGAAGCAAACACAAAAUAUAUACAAAAAACAAUUGAGAAUCAGUGUCACUCUCGGUGAAGAAACUCACAAACUCACUUUCAUGGAAGAAAUAAACAAAACAAAAAAAAAUCGUUGAAAAAUAAACCUAACAUUCAAACUAUUGGACAAAAGGGUCUGCUCUGGCAGCAGAUUCCAACGAAGCGAAGCCCACAAACAACAUCUACAACAGUUGCUGCUAAAAGAAAAAAACAAGAAGAAAGCAAAAUCGUAUUUAUCCUAAGAACAACAAACAACCUAGAAUUAUGUUCGCUAGCGAGAGAGAGAGUGGAAGGGCAUGUUACAGGAAAUGAACAAUUAUUAGUUAUCAAUCUUCUUCUUGUUGCUGGUUCUAGUGAAAAAAAAAACUGAAAGAGAGAGAAAAAAGUAAAAAUAAUACGCGAGACAGAGAGCAAUCUUUCUUUACCAUUAAAUUCAUUUUUAAAUGCCUAGCAAAAAGAGUAAAAAACACUAAUUCAAACACACGCAGUACGAAAAUAAAAAAGAAAAACAAGUAAACUGUCGCUCGUAGAGGAAUAGAUUAUUAUUAUUAACAAAAAAUAUAUAUAUAUAAUUCAACAAACACACACACACACUCUCGUAAGAAUUCAAUAACAGAAAAAAAUUGAGGCCCUCUCGAAACCAGGACGCGAAGAGUGGCGGUCGCGGCAGCGACCAGCAAAAAUCAACCACAGAUUAUUGAGAAAACAAAAAAAAAAAUCAA